AUAUCCAUUCGUGUUUUGACAGCAAUGACGUAUCGGACGUAUCAGACGUGUGCACCAGGAGGAGGCAAUAGCGCGUUACCAGUGGAACCUCGGCUGUUUACGGUUUUGGCAUAUGUUGGACCGGCGCUGGGACACGAUGAGUAAAGCGCCGUGCUUACUUUUGUACGACAUUUGCUACGUGAGAAGGUGAAAUCGUUACAUUCGAACGCGCGAGCUUUGAAUAGCUCCCGAGUUCUCGCGGUCGCCGCCUCAAGAUCUUAAAACAGGUGGAACCAUGAGACCAUCAAGAGCCCAAGUGGAGGCAGCCGUGGGCAUCAUCAUGCGCGUCCCAGGGUUGUUCAUUAUCGACUACUGGUGGCAGCACGACCGCAACAAGUCAGUCCCACAGUCCAUGUCGCUCCAAGGGGUCCUGAAUGCAGUGCUGACCAAUCUGGUCCUCGUACAUGGUUUCCUGUUGCUGCUGCUUCCCAUCUCCAGAGUGCGGUCCCUGUACACCAACUUUGUGAGUGCCCUUCUCUUGUUGAGCUCACACCUGCUGUCCAAGUACUACAUCCAAAUGGAGGAGAGCUUGGCCCAAGACCAACACCUAGACAUAGACGAGAGCUUCACCCGGCGGCAAGUGGCAGCUUUUCUGGCCCACGUGGUGCUCGCAUGGAUGGUGUAUGAACUCCUUGAUGGGCCAUACCGGCCCCUGCUCCCCAUUCUGUCCUGCUACACCCUGCCGGUGCUGGCACGUGUGUUUGACUUUCCCUGGGAGUCGUUAGAGGUGCUCCACAACUUCGGCAACGCCCUCAUGUGUGUCAGCGUAGCUUGCUACCUGUAUAGCCAGCUGCCGUCAUUGAUAAGCUUCCUCAAAGAUGCCUACCUGGACACAUUGUUGCUCACGAUGCGCUUUGGCUGGAUUGGCCUGAUGACGCUCUUCUGGAACAAGCUGUUUGUUCCCACCCACUUCCUGGUGUUCUGGCUGAUCGAGUUCUGCGUGAAGCUGGCGGAGAUGUAUCCGACGUGGGAGAGUCCCUGGUACUUGCUGGUCCUCAGCUCGGCCAGCGGCGUCUGCUCGAGCCCUGUGACGCUGGUGGCCUCCUCGGUGACAGUGUCAUACCUGGCUUACCUAAUCCUCUCCGGCACCAAGGCUUUCCUGCACGGCAGCCUGAGCUUUCUCAACGACCACCCGAUGCACAGUGGCUGGACAGAGGGCAUCACUAUGCUCUUGCUGGCACUACAGACGGGCCUCACCGAAAUCAAGAUGCCGAGCCGCGUCGCGGUACUGCUUAUCAUCCUGUUCAUUGUCAUGUCUUCGCUGCUGCAGUCGGUGUUGGAGAUCACCGAGCCAGUGGUGCUUGCGCUGAGUGCUUCACAGAGCCGCCAGGUAGGGCGCCACGUGCGCACCCUGGGCAUGUGCGCCUUCCUGGCAGCGUUCCCAUUGCACAUCACCUGGCGGCUGGCGUCUCUCUUCCCCAUCGACUUCUGGAUGAUGAUUGUCCUCUCGUCGUGCAUCCUCACCUCGGUGCAGGUGGUUGGCCUGCUAGUCAUCUACGGACUGUUCGUGUAUGACGCGUGGCGCACUGAGCCCUGGGAGGCCCUGGACGACGUCAUCUACGUUGCGCGAGCGCUCACCAAGGUGCUCGAGUUCCUUGUGGCUGUCUUCGUCGUGGGGAUGGGCUUCUGGGAGUCGACGACGGGCAAGUGGAACUGGGCCAAUGCCUCGAUUCUGCUCGUCCACUGCUACUUCAACGUGUGGCAGCGCAUGCAGGCGGGCUGGCACAGCUUCCUGCUGCGGCGCGAGGCUGUCCGUAAGACAGAGUCUUUGCCCGAGGCGUCUGCUGAGCAGCUCCUACUACACAACGAUGUUUGCUCCAUCUGCUACUCGGACAUGCGGGCAGCUUGCGUCACCAAGUGCCAGCACCUGUUCCAUCGAACCUGCCUUCGCAAGUGGCUCUACAUUCAGGACAAGUGUCCGCUGUGCCACGCGCACGUGUCCUUAGAGACGCCAGGCGAGUCGGAGCCGGGUGAGUCGGAGCCAGGUGGGACCUCCGAGGCCCCGGAACCUCGAGGGACGCAGGAGGCCGACGCGGCUUCCUAAUGCUCCGCUUACAUUUCCAGUUGUGCUCUGCACAGGGGUCGUUCCAUUUUGCACCUGCGGCUUUGGAGUGCCGUUGGGAGACACUUGGUGGGGGUCCCCGACGAAGAGCCUUCCCAGUGUGUGCGGGGCUCGCUUCAAACUAACGGUACCCUCCACACUCCCCCGGGCGGUCGUACCGGGGACACUACCUUCCAGUUUUAUUUUAUUCCUGUACAUACUCUGUUAUUGCUCUUUGACCUGUACAGCGGUAGCCUUCUACACCAAUAAAAAGCCAUGUCAGGUUGUGUGCGUUGAAACCUAAGCAUGUUCGACGCACUGUGCUUAGUAAUGGUUGAGUUACAUGUGAGCAUGGUGCCUACAUGCAAACCUCUCAAGUGAUAUCUACUAUAAGGUUAUGCCUGCAGGCAUCAAUUCCAUUUUAGCUGAAGCCAUUUUGGUAAAGUCUACUUCCAUUAUAGCACUUGCAGUCGUAUUAAUAUUGGAACUUUUGCAUGUGCUGUACCAUCAUUUCAGUAUAAAGCCUGUCGCCGCGACAUGUUCCGUUCAUAGCCAUUUUUGGAUUGAUGAACUGUGCCAUCUAAGUACAACAGGUUUUCAUUGGCACAUGAUCAUUGAAUAUUAUAAUAAGAGUGGAAGUUGCCAGUUUCUGGUAACUUGCUUGUUUAAUAAAAGCUUUGUGUAAAGCAUUAA